AUGAGUUACGAUAUCUUGGUCAUAUUGUUAGUAAGUCUGGUAUCAGUCCAGACCCAGACAAGGUCAAAGCGGUACAGGAAUAGAGUCCAUAUUAACAGGUUAAAGAAGGAGGCCUUGCGGUUUGAUGAGCUAAAUGUAGCCGCUCCUGACAAUAUUGAUGCCAUUGAACCUGCCAUUGUAGGGGAUGAUGAAAUCCCAGAUCAAAAUGAUCAAAUUGACAUUGUGACUGAAAAUGAAAAAGAUGAUCAGAUUUAUGAAACUGAGAAAAAUAUUAAGAAGAGAAAAGUGAAUGGAAGAGAACAGUAUAGAACCGACACGCUCCUAGCAGUAUUGUACAUUAUCAUUACCAGUACGGCCCUGCUGGUGGGGACUGUAGGUAACACAUUAACUAUCCUGGUAUCGACCGUUCGCAGAGACGUCAACAAAUGUGGGAAAGAAUUCGUCGUUAACCUAGCACUGGCGGAUCUCUGUGUCACUGCCAUAGCCGACCCCAUGUGUAUCAUUAGUGUCACACAUGGAGAACAGUUUUUCCAGGGAAGGAAACUGUUGUGUAUUUUUGUGGCGAGCCUUUGUCUGACUGCCUGCGUUUGUGCAUUUUUCAGCCUGUUCCUUAUGUCGAUGUCACGCUUUAUAUACCUGCGCUACAACCACGUGUAUGACAGACUUUUCAACCGUGUCACCAGCAUUUUGCUCUGUUUCACCUGCUGGGUGAUGGCUUUCUCGUUUGAAAUACCUAAUUUUGUUGGUUGGGGAGGGCACUUCUUCGACCACAAAAAUCACCAGUGCAUCUGGGAUCGGACUGCAAGUUUAUCCUACACCAUGUUUGUUUCAAUGAUUUUGAUUGGUGCGCCACUCGUAGUAAUGGCUAUAUGCUACUUUCUUAUUUUUAAGCGUAUCUGGGAAACAAAACGAAACAUUUACAUUUUGGACAUUGACAAUCCUUUGAGAAUGAGAAAAGUUUGGAGAGAAACAGUCCGUUCAUCUCAGAUGUUGUUUUGUAUUUUUAUUGCGUUUGUCAUCUGCUGGACGCCGUAUGCCAUUAUUGUUACUUUAGAUGUGCAAGACACUUUCCCAAUGAAAGUUCAUCUGUUCAUUACGCUUACGGCACACUUACACUCAAGUGUCAACGGUAUCAUUUAUUUUGCAGGAAACAAACGGUUUAGAAUUGGAAUUCUACGUCUUUGUGUUCGUAGAUCAACUCGUGAAGGAACGUGUACUUCCGGUCCUAAUGUGAUUCCUCAUUUAGAUUCUCGUCUGUGA